UCCCGGUCUGCGUGUGGGAAUGUGGUGUGAGGUGUGUGGUGUUGUGUAGCCGGCGCUUGGUGCAACGUAUGCCGACAGAAAUCUGUUCGUAUUUCGGGUUAUCGAAGUCUCAUGUAGAAAGCGCUUUGGAUCAUGUCUGAAGCUCGGUGAUAUUUUUUGGAGGUCGGUCGGUCUCCGACAUGGAUCCCAGGUACCCCACGUACCACUCUCUGACCAACGGCGUCAGCGAAGACGACGAGGACGAUGGGGCGGCGGCGGGCACCGAGGAGGAGGACGAGGAGGAGGAGGAGUGUCCGGCGGACGCGGGACAGGCCCCCGGUGGCGGCGGGGAUGGCUGGAGCGGCGCCGACAGCGGCAGCGACGAGGAGGAGGUGGAGGAGUACCUGGACGAGGGCGUGCCGGACGACGUGGACGACCUGGAGCGGCGCGCCGCCGCCCUUUCCGGCGACCUCCGCCAGACAUACCGUAUCCUGAAGGAGCUGAUGUCGCCGGAGAACCACGUGCACAACUGGCCGUUCAUGAACGCCGUGGACUCCAAGAGCGGCUCACUGUGGGACUACGACGCCAUCAUCAAGACUCCCGUCUGGCUCAAGAAAG